UCCGCCCCCAGAUUUGUCCCGGGGUAACCUGGGAAAUGGAGUUUGCCCGCAAGGAUAAAGAACACCAAUUGACACGUGUCUUAUUGCGGAACUGUGCCUGGGUUUGGCCAAUGAGAAAUCGACUUCGUUUUCAUCCGGGUUUUGGGACAGCGGCAAUCAUGGCGCCACCCGUGAGAUACUGCAUCCCCGGCGAACGUCUGUGUAACUUGGAGGAGGGCAGCCCGGGCAGCGGCACCUACACCCGCCACGGCUACAUCUUUUCGUCGCUUGCCGGCUGUCUGAUGAAGAGCAGCGAGAAUGGCGCGCUUCCAGUGGUGUCCGUAGUGAGAGAAACAGAGUCCCAGUUACUGCCAGAUGUGGGAGCUGUUGUAACCUGUAAGGUCUCUAGCAUCAAUUCACGCUUUGCCAAAGUACACAUCCUGUAUGUGGGGUCCAUGCCACUUAAGAACUCUUUUCGAGGAACUAUCCGCAAGGAAGAUGUCCGAGCAACUGAAAAAGACAAGGUUGAAAUUUAUAAGAGUUUCCGCCCAGGUGACAUUGUCUUGGCCAAAGUGAUCUCCUUAGGUGACGCACAGUCCAACUACCUGCUAACCACCGCCGAGAACGAGCUGGGAGUGGUGGUAGCCCACAGUGAGUCAGGUAUCCAGAUGGUUCCCAUCAGCUGGUGUGAGAUGCAGUGCCCUAAGACCCAUACUAAAGAAUUCCGGAAAGUAGCCCGAGUACAACCCGAAUUCUUGCAGACCUAAGAAGCCACUUUUUACCCCAUGGAAGGGGGUAAGCUGUUCCUGAGUAUAACACCAAGAUGCUGCUGUCUUUAUUCAAACACCUGGGGUCGACCAACAGCCACUUCCAGAAAAAUCUGCCAGUUUACACUGUAGAUGGAACAUGUUUCUGUGAACCUAUCAGUGGAUUUCAUUCUCUUGAGUAAUAAAUCUUAUCUUUUCAAGGCACCAACAAACAAAA